AUGUGGACCUGACGACUCUUUCGUCUCUCUAAAAAACGAUUUACCAGAUACCUACAAUUUUGUUUGAAGCUUGUUUGCCAUUACUUUGGAGAGAAAAAUCUACCAGACUCAAAUAUUCUAUCACCUCAUUUGACAAAUUGUCAUGAGUCACAUGACAUGGAUGCCGUUAGCAGCUCACAGUAUAACUCGUUCGGUACCCAAUGAUGACCAAUUUCCACACCACGACUGAGUAGCCUGUUCCAUGCUCCCACAGUCCUUUGGUUGCUUCUGAUCAAAGCUGUUACAGCCUGGCAUGAUUUGGACAACAGCGAGUAUGACUGCUGGCCUUUAGAAAAACCCGACGAAUUUAAUAUGAUUGAUUGUGGAGGACUCGAGAUGGCCUGGGUGCACAGGCCUCCGGAGAAGGUGGUCAGCGGGGAGGAGUUCAACGUCACCUACGCGGCCGUCGCGCAGGACAGCUUCUACGAGUGGGCUGUGAAGAAUGAUAUCCUCUCCCACAGCAAUGCCUCAGCUGCCAAAGAGUUUUGUGAAGGACACGAGUGCCCGCCGAACUGGAAAGAUGCCAACGGGGAAAACUGCUGCAUUCAUCAUGCCAACAUCCACUCCUGCCCCCUGGCGUUCAUGGUGAAAGGGGGGAUUUGUGGUCCCUGGAUUCCAGAUGAUGGCAGGAUUUUCACCCACACUCUGUCUGCUGCUGGCAAAAUGACUCAGACCAACUGGACUGCUAAGGUGGUGCUGAUUCAUGUGGGGGUCACCUCACUGAUUGCUCAUAUCCGGGUGGGAAAGAUGCAGGUGGCUUUAGAAGCCAAGACCACAGUCUUGCCAGCUAUAGUCUGUGGAGACGGCGUGUGCGAGGAGGAAGAGAUCUGCUCCACCUGCCCGGCAGACUGUGGGGAAUGUCCCAUGACCGCGUCCAUCAAGGUUGCAAUUUGUCUCCCCAUCGCGUUCAUUUUUGUCGGCUUUAUCUUCAUAGCUGUGUGGUUUCAGUAUCAAAAGCAAAAGAUGUUUUGGGAUGAAAGCUGGAUUAUUGACUUCAGUCAGAUCAAACAAGACCAGGUGGCACGGACCACCAUGGGCAGCAUCAUGAGCGUGCCCCACGCCAACAGCGACUCCAACGCCAGCUGCAUGACCACCCUGAGCUCGUGCACGGGGGGCCUGAACCCAUCCCGCAAGCAGCACUUCACUCUGACGGGCGUUUACGAUGGACGCACAGUUGCCAUUAAAAAAAUAAAAAAGAAGACAUUUUCCCUUACAAAGACUCUCCGAAGGGAAGUGAAACAAGUAAGAGAACUGGAUCAUCCAAACCUGUGCAAAUUCGUUGGAGGCUGUCUGGAGGUGCCGAAUGUGGCCAUUGUAACAGAGUACUGUCCAAAAGGCAGUCUUAAUGAUGUCCUUCUCAAUGAGGAAAUUCCUCUCAACUGGGGGUUCAGAUUUUCCUUUGCUACUGAUAUUGCUCGAGGGAUAUCAUACCUCCACCAGCACAAGAUUUGUCACGGAAGACUGAAGUCCAUGAACUGCGUCAUUGACGAUCGCUGGGUCUGCAAAAUCACAGAUUACUGCCUAGGAACAUACCGCAAAGAGGACUGUGGUGAAGCCCCAAGCACAUACCAGCAGAGGCUGAAGGAGGUUUAUAUGCCACCAGAAGCACAGUCAUCAAACUUUGAGCCCACACUUGCAGGAGAUGUGUUCAGUUAUUCUAUUAUAUUACUGGAAAUAGCAACUCGAAGUGAUCCUGUCCCAGCAGAAGACAGCUCCCUAGAAUGCGCAUGGUGUCCACCUCUGCCCGAGCUCAUUACAGGCAAAGCAGAAAACACCUGUCCCUGCCCCUCAGAGUAUGUGGAGCUCAUUAGAAGAUGUCGGUCCCAUAAUCCAGCCCACCGGCCAACCUUUGACCAAAUCAAGAAGUUUGUGCAUAAAAUCAACCCGAACAAAGUCAGCCCUGUGGAUAUGAUGAUGAACCUGAUGGAGAAAUACAGCAAACACCUGGAGGUGCUUGUAGCUGAAAGGACGCAGGACUUGGUACAUGAAAAACAGAAGACCGACCGUCUUUUAUACAGCAUGCUUCCCAAGCAGGUGGCGGAUGACCUCCGACAGGGAAAGCCAUCCCAGGCUCAGAGCUAUGUAAGCGCCACCAUCUUCUUCAGCGACAUUGUGGGAUUCACUCAGCUGUCAAGCACGAGCACACCAUAUCAAGUAGUGGAGUUCUUAAACAAACUCUAUACAACGUUUGAUGAAAUUAUUGACAAUUAUGAUGUUUACAAAGUUGAGACCAUUGGAGAUGCUUAUAUGGUUGUUUCUGGAGUUCCAAAGGAAAAUGGAAUUCUCCAUGCUAGUGAGAUAGCCAGCAUGGCCCUGGAUCUGGUUGCCGUUUGUAAAACCUUCCGAAUUCCACACAAGCCUAACACACUGCUACAGAUACGAGCUGGGAUCCACUCAGGUCCGGUGGUAGCAGGCGUGGUCGGGACGAAGAUGCCUCGGUACUGCUUGUUUGGCGAUACCGUGAACACGGCUUCGAGAAUGGAAUCCACCAGCGAAGCCCUGAAGAUACAGUGCAGCUCUGGAACCUUUUACCUGCUGGAGGAGAUUGGUGGUUAUAUUUUAACCUGUCGGGGAUCGCUACAGGUCAAGGGAAAGGGAGACAUGGUCACCUACUGGCUAGAGGGGAAAGAGGCUGCACCUGUUAAUAAGGAAACUGCCAAGACAACUCCUGCUGUCCUAGAAAUUGAGAAAGACCAUUACCCUUCCAUCCCAGGGUGCCUCAAUAAUGACCUUCACUUCAAUCCCGUCUAACACCGUGUGACUGCAGAGGUAUUAUUAUAUCAGCCUGCCUUUUGGGGUCAAAGUGGUCCUCUCAUUGUUUUCCAUAGCAGAGGUUUUUUUGUUAUCUACUUUCAUGAACGUUACAGGGAAUACUUCCAUGUAGAUAUUACAGUGAGGAUUUCGACAUGAAAAGUGAGGUAUUUGAAAUUAGUCUGAAGAUUACAAUGAAACUUCUUAUUUUUCACAACUGGGGAAAUUCCAGCAGAGAUAUAUUUUGUCAUAAAGGCUUUCCCUAUACCUCUAUUUCUGUAUAAUUCAACAUAACAGCAUGGGGUACGAGCAGCCGGUUUCGUCAACAUUGGUCCAUCAAGAACUCCACAGGGCAGGAUACCAGGUACCUGGCAAUGCACUGCGAGUCCAGUGUGCAGUGAGUAAAGCACCAGCAAUAAGCUAUCAAGCAGCGGACAAAACGUGAUGCGGUCAGAUUAUUCAUCUUUCACCACAUUCUCAACAAACAGCCAAGUGCACAUGUGGAGUCAUCCUCAAGAAUUCUACAGCCCUGAGUGCUUGAGUCCAACAGUGAAGGGCUCUCUGGGGUUCUGUAAUGCUGUGGGGCACAUUUUCCGGGCACAGUGUGGGGGCACUUAUUCCCUUUGCAGUCAAGGUCAAUUCGAAUCACUACUUAAAGAUACUGAGUGAUCAUGCUCACCCCAUGUUGCAGCAUUUGUAUCCCAUCAGAAGACGGACAGAGCAUGUGUGAUCACCCAGUGAUUUGAUAAGCAGGGCAGGACACUGAUGUUCUCCAUACAUCACAGCCUUGUCAGGCACCAGAACUCAAGCCAAUCAAAAAUGUGUGGGAUUGUCUGGAAUAAUGAAUACGACAACGUUUUCCACCUUCCUCAACCAGGCGUGAGUUGAUUGACUUUCUAAUGGAAGAAUGGUGCUGCAUCACUCCUGCAGAAUUCCAGGUAGACACCGGUAGACUCUGUGCCACUGCAUGUUGACCAUACCGGUUGCCCAACACCCUGUUAAGUGACUUUACAUUGGUGUUUCCAUUUUUUGUUCACGACCUGUAUGUUAAGACAUAAGUUGAUUAACUUGGAAUAUUUAGUUGACUCUUACACAAGUAUUAAAUCUGGAAGGAUAAUUAGUAAUUCCUAGGAAAACAUUUCCUUGAACUAAUGCAAACAAGUUGUUUGUUUAUUUUUACCAUAUUUCAGAAUGAAAAGACUCAGCUGUGGCUCUGGUCUUUAACCCAGAAAGGAAUGUGAAAAAGAGUAAUAUAUCUGUCCACACGUGUAAUUUAUUAUUCUUGUUAUUGUUAUUGUUAUUAUGGUUGUUGUUGAUAUUGUUAAUCUGCUUUGCUGACACUCAUAUCUUACAUUGGAUAAGCAACAGUCAUGUGUGCACAAGAAGUUAAUUAAAUGAAAACUAAGACUAGUACAAGCUAGAAAUGCCAUGUAAGCACUGUGCUAAGAUUUAUCGAUGUCCUUCCAAACCAGCAAGAUCGUAUAAAAUUAAAUACUCGUGUGUUGUUAAGUAUUGUGUAGUGCCAUUUUAAUAAGGAUAUAUGUAUUGAUUUAACCUAUUUUCUUUUAGUUAAUUUUUUAACAAGUACAAUAGCACACAUUAAGAAUGCCACUCUUUUCAAUUCUGUUUCAAUUUUGUACUUAUUAAAGCCUCCUCCUUGAAUGGCACACAAGCUAAUUAGACUAGACUAGAGCUGAUUAAAGGACCCCUGAUUAAAUCUGAACUUCAACCUAACCACAAGUCUCAGAUUUUCAAAAAAUUGAUCGUUGGUGUGCUCUUUUGGUUAACACGAAACCUCUGGCAGGCUGAAAGGUUCUGACAUGUUCAGAAGAGUAUAGGGUUCAAGGAUUUACUGUAUAUGGAAGCUGAAAUGGCCUGACCAACUGGUGUGACUGUGUGAAAAUAAACUUGCCCCUACUCCAGCAUUACAGUCGUACUUCUGCUUUUGUAUUUUUUUAAAGCAUCCGAUUAAAAGAGAAGGCAGAAAAAAAGAGUUAUGUAAGCCUAGAAUGUGAUAUUUUCAGCAUGUUCUGUUAAGGUGGCGUGAAGUUGGUCCUCUUUUUUAGACUGUUUUGCGUUUUGUUAGUAAAUGUUACAAGGCAGGGUAUUCUAGCACACUGGUUCUGGAGUACUCCUGUGUCUGCUGAUUUUUGGAUCUAGUUACUCAGAAUAUUUUAUACCUACUUUAAAAUCUCCAACUAUUUAGAAGCAGAAAAACAGUUGAAAAAGUGCUAAGUACACACUCAAUGGAAUAUUGAGUCCAAUGGUCCUUCUGUUGCUUGUUCAAACCUUCAUUUAUUGUUAAUUACAGUAGGUGACCAAGCCUAGAAGUCCUGAGGCAUACGAUUGGCCAGGGGCUGGGUUUGCCUGUGUAGGACAUGGGAUUCUCAGUUUUUCAUUUAACAGCCAUUGCUGAGACUGCUGGAUGCCUAUACUGUAGGUUUCCAGCUUAUUGUCAAGGAGUGAAGCUUCAAUUGUCCAAUCAGUGCCGACUCUAUUUUAAGGCAGUAUGGAGCUUACAGGGUGUCAAAUGUCAAGCCAAUCUCCCAGCUGUGCAGACUGGAAUGGUUUGUAAGCAUGUCUGAGGCCUCCCCAGGCUAGAGGGGUUGGACAGGUACAAGUAACUGAUUGACAAUCAGUGUUUCCAGACGGGUCAGGUAUAAUAACAGAAGAAAUAACUACUGGUUCCAAUAUCUAAGAAGAAAAUAGUUAAGCAAAUUCAUAGUUGGGAUGUGGCAACAGCUAUAGACCUGAGAGUUCAGCUGCAAUGAGAAACAGAAGAAAGUUGAAAAACAAUUACCUCAUUUAUUACUAAUCUAUGAAUUUGUAAUAUGUUUAAAUAAAAACACUGCUAUUGCCUACAGUAUAAUAAGAGGAAAGAUGGCUUUUAAAAAAAAAGCUAAAUAGUGCUUAAAAUACUGAGAGCUUUAGAAACACAGUGGAAACAAAUUUUGGAGAAAAAAAAAUUCUUCCAGUAAAGUGCUCAUCAGGUGGCCUGUUCUGCUCUUUAGAUACUUUCUGUGCCAGAGAAGUGACCAGCCUGCUGCACUACAAGCAUAGAUAUAGUGUACAUAAGAAAAUGUGAAAAAAAAACCAGACAGUUUACAUGAGAACCUGGACCGUGCACAUACAAGUGGACAAGGUUGUGAGGGAUUAAUUACAACAAAUUACAGCUGGAACAGUUGUAUUGUACUAAUUUAAUAUAUGUUGGAAUAAAUUGUUGUAAACGUUUAUAUUUAUAAUAUAUACAGUACAGACAUGUUUGAAUAUAGGUUUGGUACUCCUGGUACUGUAGGUUGUGUACUGAAAUUCCCCUUUAUUUUUCACCCAGUCCUUAACAAACUAUGACUUAAGUCCCACAUUUAAAUUUGACCUUUGUGAUUAACACAUUGUCAUGCUUCAUUGACUGCUGAAAGGUUGGUUGUUCUACUUAAAACAAAAGUGCUGUAUGCGACUAUAAAAUAAUAAUAAAGGAUUUUAAAUAA